AAGCAAAACACGAUGAUAUCGAUACAUGUAAUCGAACAAUAAUGAAUGAUAUUGCCAGCAAUCGUAUUAUUCCUGCAGAAAGUUCUGCCAUCAUGCGAGAAGAUUAUGUGGAAUUGAAAAAUAAAGAAUACAUUGCAAUUAAAAAUUAUUUUCAACGUAUUGAGAGAAUGUUGAUAGAAAUAAAAUUUGACAUUAAUUGUCUAACUGAACAAUAUCAACAUAUAAAUAAUAAAUGUUUCUCAAAUGAGGCACAAGAACGUCAUAAUUCUACAUCAACUGAUGAAUUAAGUGAGUUAUCCUUCCCUCUGAAAACUAUAGAAGAAGUCGAGUCACUAGAACGCAUUCUUACUUCAAACGGAGUAGGAAUAAAAGAGCAUAUGUUUAACAUAUUAGCAAUGAUUGGUGGGACUAGCUAUGAAGAAAUGUCAAAAAGGAUGCUUCUUUAUGUUUUUACGAAUGAAGUAGCUAGUAUGUACAGUUAGGUAGGAGGUAAAGGAAAACGGAAACUUCAUAAUUUCGAAAUAAUGAAAUUAAUGUUUAAAGUUGUCAGGAAGACAUUCCCUAAUGUUACAGAAAAGAAUUUUGAAAUUAAAUGCAAAGAUUGGUUCCGACACGCGAAACACAGAGCUGAAAACGAAAAAUGACGGCAAAGUUCAACAAAGUAAAGUCGUCAGCUACAUUUCUCAACUACAGUUCGCAGCUACAGAAUUCUCAGUGUUCAGAUUAAUUAAUCUUUAAUAUAAAAAAUAUUUUAUGUUAUAAUGUUAAUUGAGAGCCUAUGUUUUUAUAUUAAUUAUAGAUAUAGUUGCAACUGUAUUUUUGUAUUACUACA